AUGAAUAUCCACACUUCCCUGGCCAGCUUCAAGACAGGUUCUCAGUUGUCAGACUAUGCAGAUAGAAAUCCGAAUUUAAACGAUGAUGAGGGGGACCCACUUUCAAGGUUCCUCCGUAUGACCGACCCACAAUAUGCAACGACUACAAGUAGUCUAAAAUCGCUAACGUCCGAGAUGGAUGCUCCACCCCCCACGCCAUCGUCUAGCACACUUGAACCACUUGACGCUGGUGAUGGUGUCUAUCCAUAUGCAACAACUAAUAGUCUACAAUUGCUCACGUCCGAGAUGGAUGCUCCACCCCCCGCGCCGUCAUCUAGCACCAGCAAACCACUUGAUGCCGGUGAUGACGUCUACCCUGUAAUCCCUUACUCCGCCCAACUCGACUCUUUAUACAACCCGCCAGUUCCCCAGAUGCUGGCAGGGUCGUCACAGCAUCCUGAGAGAAAUCAUCGCCCUCGACCCUCCUUCACGCCAUAUUUCAUACCUGAACCCAGGGUCCUUCGGCCACCUGAGCCAACAGCUCCGAUGGCUGCCCUCGCUAUCCCAUCCACGAUUGCUGCCCCUGUUGCUUCAUGGCCAAGCACACUGGUCCCUUUGUCACUCAAGUUUGUUGCUAUGCAGCCAGCAAUUACUGCUAGCGGAGUUGCACCAGCGGCCCCUGCCAUCUUUCCUGGUCCUGCUGCUGUGCAGCCAACUACACCAGCCCUCAUUAACGUCAAUUCCCUUGUCAAAAAACAGAUCCUCAAUUCUGCAAAAAGAAGAAUCUUACGAUUCUUCUUGACGGCAUCUGCAAUGGCCGGUACUGAUGGUGAGAGGGCGGCGCUUGUUUCUCUCGCGAUUUCAGAGUCGUCUUCCAUGCCAGGUAUGAAUGUUACAAUCCGAACGACAAGUAGUGAACGUCAGCAGGUGACAGCCGCCUGGAACGGCUGUUUUCGGAAGCUAUUGGACAUGGUACGGAGUUGUCUCGCCUUGGGCUACACUUUCUACCCCCCGCUAGAGUCCAAUCUCCAACCAGUCCAAUUUCGGGGUCGUGUCAUAACCGCAUUGAUUAACGACACUCGUAACCCGUUGGCCUUCAUGAAUAGGUUUACGGUCGACGCAAGCGGGCAUGUCACCAUACUUGACGGGGUUCUCGACAAUCCCCUGAUUUUUCAUGUUGCCGUUCAAUUCAUAUGGUGUAGCGACCUCGGUAUCUCACAAUUCCUCUCCACCUCGGCGUUACAUCGACAUCAACAACUCAACUACGCCUUUGGUGCUAUUGGUGCAGCUGUGAAAUUAGCGCUGCGGGAGCAGAUUCCCCAUCCACCAGUCAUCCUGCCAUUCACGCAACACGAAGGGAGUGAGACAUUCGAGGACAUUGUGCGCUACAUUGGCAACAUGGACGGUGUCCAGAGAAUUGCGUUCGACUAUCGGAAAUCUCAUAUGUUAAGCAUUGGGGACUCGCAGGUUCGAUCGACUAAUGUAUUAGCUCAACUCGACCAUGAUGAUGAUGGCUGGGGUGCAGUAGAUAUCGCAUUACUUUUUAGCUUAGAUACAAACAACUGUGAAUACCUGUUGUUGCAACAGGUGAACGAGGUGCAAAAAAAAAGAGCUAUGGAGAAUGCAGUCUGGAUGACUACAAGACCACAGCGGCAGCGCCCAGCUCCAGAAAAGCCCACUGUGAUGAAGAAAACAACUGCACAAAGGAAAGCUCAUGUGUCUGUAACCAAGCAUGGCCGCCACGAUGGUGGUGUAGCACAAGUUACUAGUAGUCGGCCCGAUACCCCAGAUGAGAUCCUAGGGCUUGCAGCUAAAAAGCGUCGAGUCGGGGGUGUGAAACAUCUAAAGGAAAAGCAAAAUACUAAAGAGGCCAAGGUGAUCACUGAUCCGGACUGA